CUUUUCCUGUGCCAACUUUACACUGAAGCUAGGUAGAAGUAAUACACAAAAGUAGUUUUUUCUGUUGUUUGGUUUAUGAUUAGCAAAAAAUUACAUUGAAUUGUUUUUGGUCUACAAAAGGAGUGAUAACUGAUCAGAUAAAUUGAGCACUGAUAAUAAAAGUUACGUUAAAAGUAGUGGGAGUGGUUCAGUUUGAUGUUUUGUUAGUAUGGCUACUCUGUAUUGAGUUGAGUGGAAUUUUUACUUUAAGUAAAUAUUCAGUGUGUGAGGAGAAAAUAAUCUCUUGGAAGAAACCGAUCUGCCACAAUGAAUGAUCAUUUUGGGUUAAAGUGGGACCCGAAAAAUCUAGAAAUUAGGACAAUGUCAGUCGAAAAGACGUUGGAGCCUUUGGUUUUACAAGUGACGACACUUGUGAACACCAAGGGCCCCAGCAAGAAGAAGAAGGGCAAAUCAAAGCGAGCGAAUGCUCUUGUAAGCACUGUGGAGAAAGCCACGGAGAAUUUCAUCGAAAAAGGCGAGCAAAUCGCUUACGAAAAUCCCGAUAUAACUCAAGAGAUGCUCUCUGCUGUUGAGGAAGUUCGCAAAACCGGUAACGCGAUGAGUAUCGCCGCUCGUGAGUUCUCCGAGGAUCCUUGCUCCUCCCUGAAACGGGGUAACAUGGUGCGUGCUGCCCGAAAUCUCCUUUCUGCGGUAACCCGUCUUUUGAUUUUGGCUGACAUGGUCGAUGUUCAUCUCUUGCUCAAGUCGCUCCACGUGGUGGAAAACGAUAUCGAAAAACUGAAAAAUGCCUCAAGUCAAGGCGAACUUUUAGAUAAUAUCAAGGCGUUUGGUCAGAAUGCCAAUGAACUGAUGAAUCAGGCUGCUAAACGUCAACAGGAGUUGAAGGAUCCUCAAUUGAGGGAUGAUUUAGCUGCUGCUCGUGCUGUACUUAAAAAACAUUCCACUAUGUUACUGACUGCUUCGAAGGUUUAUGUCCGUCAUCCUGAGUUGGCAGCCGCGAAAGCAAACCGGGAUUAUGUCUUGAAGCAAGUUUGUGAGGCAGUCAAUACGAUUAAUGAUGUAGCUCAAGGAAGGACUCCACAGCCGGCCACAGGACCAUAUGAUGGUCCCGGCGAAUUGGCGGCAGCUCUUGACGAUUUUGACGACCAUAUGGUCAUGGAACCGUUGGCUUACAACGAGGUUCACACAAGACCGUCUCUAGAGGAGCGUCUAGAGAGUAUCAUUAGUGGGGCUGCUCUUAUGGCCGACUCUAGUUGCACUCGAGACGAAAGACGGGAACGCAUAGUUGCAGAAUGUAACGCUGUUCGUCAAGCUCUUCAAGACUUGCUUUCCGAAUACAUGUCAAACAUUGGAAAUAAAGAAAAGAGUGAAAGCUUGAACCGAGCCAUUGACAAUAUGGGGCGAAAAACACGAGAUUUGAGACGGCAACUACGCAAAGCUGUCGUCGACCACGUCUCUGACAGUUUUCUCGAAACCAACGUUCCUCUCUUGGUUUUGAUUAAAGCCGCGCAAAACGGUAACGAGAAGGAAGUCGAGGAGUUUGCCGUCAUGUUUACCGAACACUCGAAUAAACUCGUCGAAGUGGCCAACUUGGUGUGCAGCAUGUCGAAUAAUGAAGAUGGUGUCAAAAUGGUUCGUUAUGCAGCUGCACAGAUUGACAAUCUGUGUCCUGAGGUAAUCAAUGCUGCUAGAAUUCUAGCAGCGCGACCACGAAGCAAAGUUGCUCAAGAAAACAUGGACGCUUUUAAACAAUCAUGGGAGAAUCAAGUCCGGAUUUUGACUGAAGCAGUUGACGAUAUUACAACAAUUGAUGACUUUUUGGCUGUAUCGGAAAAUCAUAUUUUAGAAGAUGUGAAUAAGUGUGUCUUGGCGUUGCAAGAAGGUGAUGCUGAUACAUUAGAUAGGACCGCAGGGGGUAUUAGAGGGCGCUCAAAUCGUGUCUGUAAUGUUGUCACUGCUGAAAUGGACAAUUAUGAACCUUGUAUUUACACCAAGCGUGUUUUGGAAGCCGUUAAAGUAUUAAACGAUCAAGUUAUGCCCAAAUUUAGUCAAAGGGUCCAAGUUGCUGUUCAAGCUUUAUCUAGUAUUCCUACUAAAGAGGUCGACGAGAAUGACUUUAUCGACGCAUCGCGAUUGGUUUACGAUGGAGUGCGUGAAAUUAGAAGAGCCGUCCUGAUGAAUAGAGCUGAUGAAGACUUAGACCCCGAAGAUGUAGAACUGGACGAAAAUUAUACUUUGGAAACACGCAGCAAAUCGAGUGCUCAUACUGGUGAACAUGGCGUUGACGAAUACCCUGAUAUCAGUGGUAUUACCACAGCUAGAGAAGCAAUGGGGAAAAUGCCUGAAGAAGACAAACAAAAAAUCCUACAACAAGUGGAAUAUUUCCGGAGCGAGAAACUCAAAUUCGAUCGAGAAGUUGCAAAAUGGGACGACACAGGAAAUGAUAUCAUUGUUUUAGCUAAACAUAUGUGCAUGAUUAUGAUGGAAAUGACAGAUUUUACACGUGGGCGUGGUCCUCUCAAAACCACAAUGGAUGUCAUCAACGCAGCGAAAAAAAUCUCGGAAGCUGGAACAAAACUCGAUAAAUUAACACGACAAAUUGCAGAGCAGUGUCCUGAGAGUUCUACUAAGAAAGAUCUUUUGGCUUAUUUGCAACGCAUCGCUUUGUAUUGUCACCAAAUGAAUAUUACGUCGAAAGUUAAGGCCGAUGUUCAGAAUAUAAGUGGGGAAUUGAUAGUUUCAGGUCUUGACAGUGCCACUUCACUUAUCCAAGCUGCAAAGAAUCUCAUGAAUGCUGUGGUAUUGACGGUAAAGGCGUCUUAUGUAGCGUCGACUAAAUAUCCGCGACAGGGAACAAUUUCGUCGCCUAUUGUUGUCUGGAAGAUGAAAGCACCGGAAAAGAAGCCGUUAGUAAGGCCAGAAAAGCCUGAAGAAGUUCGAGCCAAAGUCCGUAAAGGGUCUCAGAAGAAAGUUCAGAAUCCAAUUCAUGCUCUUUCUGAGUUCCAAAGCCCGACGGAAUCAAUUUAAGUAUUCUUUUUUAUUUAAUUUAUAUUGUUCAUAUAAUGUUAUUUUUUUAUGAAUUUACUUUUCCAAUUUUCGCUGUAAUAAUAUAUUAUUUUCAAUUUUUUAUUUUUUAUUACUGUUACGUCGUUGCCAACAAGAAUUGAAUUUAUAUAUGUGGGUAGGAGCACUGUUUGCACUGUGGGAAAUUUAAGCAAUCAUGAAAAGUUUUACAUAUUUGUAACCAUUCUAUUUUUGUUAUUUUUCUAAUGAUAAAUGUUUUGAAAAUAAUAAAGAAAGUGUGGCUUCCAAUAUUUGGAUAUCUCUAAGUUAAUUAUAAGUUUACUUUGCAAGAACUGUGCUUACAUGGUAAUAAACAUCAUUUUUACAUAA